AAGCCCAGAAAAAGGUCAGGGAGAGAGAGACACAAAGGCCCCGAAACCUUAGAGCUAGUAGCUUGUAUCAACUCUAGUGCACAGACUCAGAUCACUUUUGGAUUCUUGCAAUGCAAUGGUGCUUUGAAGAUACUGUUUUAUUCCGGGCUAUAAAUCUACCUGUGCAGUCAGUCUUGAUCACACCUUGAACUGUGGGAAAAUAACCUUUGAGUGGAAGCACUCUGGCACGACUGCAACUGUUUGUCUGGACGGUAGUAAGCAGGUGUUAUGGAUCUACAGUAUUUCCUGAGCUGGAGAGUUGCCCUGCUGCUUCUCUUAAUGCCAUGUGGGUUCCAGAGUGUGUCCGUGUACAUCCUGAAUGAAGACCCUGUGCAUGUAAUCUCCGGCACAAACCUGGUUCUCCGUGCCCGGAUGGAGCAUGAACCCCAAGAAGAGGUCUCCAUGGUAACGUGGGAACGGGAGCCCGAGACCGGGAGCGCGUCCGGCAGAAUGACACUGGCCAAGUGCCCUGGCAAGAGCGGCAAGUGUGCUGGUACAAAGCCACAUGUCCAUGCGAACGUGGAGCAGCAGGAAACGACACUUCAGAUUAAUGGAUACAACAACAGGGUGGAUGGCGGCUUGUACAGUUUGACUGUGACGGACAGCACAGGAGCCAAGGCCACAGUCUACUGCGUCGUCAGGGAGUAUGAGCCAGUCCACCACGUCUCUGUCAGCAUCAACGUGUCCGACUCCUCCUUGGUUUGUGGCGAGGCCUGGGGGACCGAUCCACACUUCACCUGGUUCCACGAGAGAGCUGCCAUCAGUCAAUCGGUGGGAAGAGUCUCCUUGGACGGCACUACGCUGUUUAUAACCAUGACCCCCAUUUGUGGACACUUCACCUGCAUGGUUAGCAAUAAACUCGGCUACACUUCAGCUACCUACUCUGCAGCACCUUGCGAGACAGAGGGCAGAGGGAUGACAGCAGCCGUGGUGUGCCUGGUCCUCCUGCUGCUGCUGGUCGGAGGAGCGCUGGUGUUUGUGCUGUGGAGGAGACACAGACACAAUAAUAGAGGAGAGAGGCUUCAAGAACAUUUGGAUGACAACAUCUGAAAAGAAAACAAAAAGGCGGAAAGUCCCAAACAAUCUUCUGUUAUUCAGAGGGCUCUCGGAGAAGAGUCGGACUAAUGGUCAAGACUGAGAGGGAGGAACUUCCUGUGCUGUGAGCAGUAUGACCUUACACUGGACUUCAACAAAGUGAAGAGUGAACUGCUUGUUGGCAAAUGGAAAAAUAUCUAAAAAUAGAUAUUCAGCUUGAAGUUCCAGCAAUGUUUUUACACUGCCUCCUGCUGGACUGAUCCUAACAUUAUGUAUUUAAUAAAAAAUAAUCGUUUCGUAAACUUCUAUCAUCUAUACACUGGAAUGUACUGUCAUGCUUUUACAAUAAAAUCUGAGGAAAAACUUCAUGAUU